AUGUUUAGAAUUGGAUGUGCCGGAGAAAUAACACCUCGACAUAUUAUCCGAACAGAAUACGUCGAUGAUGAAGGAAAAUUGAUAACUUCUGAUGAAUUAUUAGCUCUAAACAAUCGGAAGACUGCUACAAAGUCCACCGAGUACUACGAAGAAAUUCUCUAUAAAUUCUUGAGGAUUGUAUUUUUAAAAGUUUUGGCUCCCACUGACCGUCCAGUGAUAUUUGUGGAAAGCAUUUUCAUGUCAGAAUCCCUCCGCAAUACCAUCACCAAAAUUGUUGUCGAAAAGAUUCGUUGCAAAUCUCUAAUGUUCAUGCCAUCUCAUGUUUGUGCCACAUUUCCAUUCAAUACUCAAAAUGCUCUCGUUGUCGAUAUUGGACAUUCAGAAUGUAUCGCAGUUCCAAUUAUCGAAGGUGUGACAAUGCUGAAUGAGUUCGAAUCAGCUCGCUCGAUUUGUGGCCGACAACUUGAACGAAGAGUUCGGGAGCAAAUGGAGAAAUAUGGUCAAAUUGCAGAAUUAAAUGGAGAGAGACGAGCAAUUACAGAAAACGAUUGGCAAGAUAUUGAUGCGUGUAAACUUAUCGAAACGCUUAGUUUAUCACUCAUUUGUCUGGAUAAGGAACGGGCCGAAAAUUGGACAAAAUGGGAAGCGUCAGAAGAAGGAGAAAAACCGGAUAUUGAGACACUUUGCAAAGAAAGACUAUUUCCGAAUAAUGGAAAAAUAUUUGUAGUUCCUCCAGUUGUAUUCGAAACAAGUACUGAAAUCUUCUUCAAUGAGAAUCUCAAUCCUACAUCAUUCGAUCUUUCCCUUCCGAAACUUCUUCACAAGCUGGUAUCAAAAUGCCCGAUUGAUCUCCGGAAAAAGCUAUUCCCAAAUAUACUUUUAACUGGUGGAGUCUCUACAAUUCCUGGUCUCAUGAAACGUUUGGAACAAGAAAUUCAAGUUAUCGACGAGAAAAACAAUUCCAAAAUUGCCGUAAUUGUAAAAUUCUAUCAAUUUUCGGAAAUCAAAAACACGCCACUUUUCGUUUCCUGGCUCGGUGCAAGUCUAUUGGGAUCACUUCGAGAGACAAUUGAACGCAAAAGUUUAACCUUGGAAGAGUGGAAAAAUGGAAAAUUAGCUGCUGAUUGGACUGAUAUCAUUGUAAAAUCCCGUUAGAAAUUUGUUUUUUUAAAUGUAACUGGUGCUUUAUAAUUUUAUUAUUUAUUCGCAUAAAUGUAUGAAAAACUUAGAAAA